UGGUGUGACUCCCGGUCUUCUACAACUCCUCUUCAAAGCAAACACCUUGGCAUUCCUGUUCUAUCCUCCAAAAUCGGAAAGCACAAAAUUUCUCUCCCGCACAAACCCUAAUUUCGAUAAUUCCGCCAGAUUCAAUUUUUAAUUCCAACCCAUUCCCACACACACCCACCCCACCUUAUCGGUUGCUUAUUAUUAUUAUUAUUUUUUUAAUUUUUUUUUCCUAAACGAAAUCUGAACCGGGAGGGAAGAUUGGGGGAAAUUUCUAGGGUUUUGGACGGCGUGCAUGGCGAACGGAACGGGUUCCGACGAGUUCGUGGUGCGGUCUCGGGUCCGGCCGGGGCUGAAGCGCGAAUUGACCUUCGCAUUGGCUCAGGCGGAGGUCUCCUGUUCGUUGGGCCGGACCCGGGCCAGGAACGCCCUUCUGGUGAAUGUGAACCGUAAGAGAUUGAAGAAGGAGGCGAAAAGCGAGCCGCAGAAGGACGACGAGGAGGAGAAACCGGCGAGUGGUGGCGAGAAUGUGAAGGUUGUUGAGGAUUUGGUGGAGGCUAUAAGCGAAGAAGAUGCGAAGAGCGAUGUGGUGGAUCUAAUGAGCGACGACGAGCCUAGAAGCCAUGCGGCGGAGUCCAAGGUCGUCACCGAAGACGAAUUGAAGAACGGUGUUGUAGAGAUGGCUAUGGAUAAUGAGCAAAACGUUGGGUCUGUUGGUAAUGAAGAUGAGGCUAAGCGGGAGCAGUUGAAGAAGGAGGAGCCCGAAAAGCCCGAUUCGAUUGGAAAAGGUGAAAAGGUGGAACCGGAAAAGCCCAAUUCGAUUGAAAAUGGUGAAAAGGUGGAAGGAGAAGUGAUUGAAAAGCCGCUGAGGAGGUACACUCGGUCGGCAUCGAGGCGGAAGAGCCAAGUAGCUGAGUCUAAGCUGACAGAGAAGGUCUGCGGAGACGAAAUGAAGAAUGGUGCAGUGGAUAUGGCUAUUGAUACCGGCUGCGGUGGUGAUUCCGUGAAUGAAGAUGAGCCUAAGCAGGAGGAACAGCCUUUGGUGAAACUAGAAAUCCUCAAUUUGAUUGAAAAGGGUGAUACGGUUGAAGGUGAGGUGAGUGAAACGCCGCAGAGGCGGUACACUCGGUCAGCAUUGAAGCUUAAAAGCCAAGUCGCUGAGUCUAUCUUGAAGGUCAGUGAAGAUGAAACGAAGAAUGGUGUAGUGGAUAUGGCUAUUGAUGAUGAACCCAAUACCGGUAGUGUUGGUGAUUCUGUGGCUGAAGAUGAGCCUAGGCAGGAGGAAUUGAAGAAGAGUGAAUCUGAACAGCCUUUGGUGAAACUAGAAAUCCUCGAUUUGAUUGAAAAGGGUGAUAAGGUGGAAUGUGAGGCGAAUGAAAAGCCGCAGAGGAGGUUCACUCGGUCAACAUUGAACACAGAGAAUGAAGCCCUAGACUUCAAUUCGGUUUCCCAGAAAAGCGCACCAGCUGAGGUUGAGACGAAAAUGCGGAAGACUGUGAAAAAGUUUAGACUGUUAGAGCUUCUUGAAACUGGUAUUCUCGAGGGGCAGCGGGUGACUUACCUUAAAGGAUCAAAGGGAAGAAAAACUGCAGAGAAAGGGCUUACAGGAGUGAUUACUGGUUCUGCUAUAAUGUGUCACUGUGAGCGAUGCAACGGAACUGAUGGUGUUUCACCAGCUAUUUUUGAGUUGCAUGCUGAAAGCGCAAAUAAACGUCCUCCUGAGUAUAUAUAUCUUGAGAACGGGAAGACCCUUCGGGAUGUCCUAACUGCAUGCAAUUCUUCAUUGGAAACCUUGGAAGAAGCUGUCCGGCUCGCUGUUGGUCGCUCAUCUAUAAAGACGUGUACCAUCUGCCUCAAUUGCAAAGGAUCUAUUUGCAAAGAUGAUACUAGAUCAGCAAUGCUUCUUUGUCGCUCCUGCUUGGACUUGAAAGAGACCCAAGCUAAGUUAUCUGUAGCUGCAAAACCUUCUGAAGUUGCAAACGAUUGUUCUGAAUUACCCAAGCCGGUUUCAGUUGCAAACUGUCCUGACACCGUUCCAGAGUGUCCUGACAUUGUCCUAGAGUGCCCUAACGCCAUUUCAAGGUGUCAUGAUACUGUUUCAAAGUGUCUCGGUACCAUUUCAAAUUGCCCUGAUUCUUCUCCUAAGUGUCCUGAUACUGUGCUGAAGAGUAGGUCGUCAGCAAGUAAGAGUCGAGGAAGAGUAACCAGAAAGGAUACCGGGAUGCACAAGUUGGUUUUUGAGGAUAAUUUCUUACCGGAUGGAACUGAAGUAGUUUAUGUUUCGGGUGGACAGAGACGGGCUGUCGGCUAUAAAAAGGGGUCUGGCAUCAUGUGUAGUUGCUGCAAUACAGAGGUCAGUCCCUCGCAGUUUGAAGCCCAUGCUGGCUGUUCAUCACGUCGCAAACCCUACCACAACAUUUUCAUAUCUAAUGGGGUAUCUCUUCACGAGUUGGCAUUAAAGCUUUCAAAAAAGCGGAGGUUGUCUACCGAGGACAGUGAUGACCUUUGCUUCAUCUGCAGAAAAGGAGGAAAGGUCAUAUGCUGUGAUAGUUGCCCAAGGGUUUUUCAUGCAGGGUGCCUUUCUCUACCAACUGUCCCUAAUGGUACUUGGUACUGUAAACAUUGCCAGACUAUGUUCGAUAGAGAUAUAGAUGCAGAGCGUAAUGUCAAUGCUGUUGCAGCUGGAAGGGUUGCAGGAGUUGAUCCUAUAAAACAAAUAACCAACCGAUGCAUUCGUAUUGUCACAGCUUGCGAUGAAAAGUUUGGUGGAUGUGCACUGUGCAGAGGCCAUGAGUUCAAAAACGAGGGUUUUGGUCCUGGGACAGUUAUUUUAUGCGAUCAGUGUGAAAGGGAAUUUCAUGUCGGCUGUUUGAAGGAAAAAGGAAUUGUAGAUUUGAAGGAAGUUCCAAAAGAGAAGUGGUUCUGUCAUCCAGAUUGUCUCAGGGUUCAUUCAGCUUUGCAGAAGUUGGUAGUUCAUGGGCAACAGAAGCUUCCAGAGUCCCUCCUGAAUGUUGUUAGGAAGAAAAAGAAUGAAAAAGGUCCAGCAAAGGGGGGUCUUGAUAUAAAAUGGAGGGUGCUUAGUGGGAAAAUGUCUAAUGAUGAUGAAAGUUUACAGUUGCUUUCCAAGGCUCUUGCCAUAUUUCAUGAUCAAUUUGCUCCUAUUGUUGAUAAGGAAUCAGGCCUCGACUUCAUUAGGGAAAUGCUUUAUGGAGGGGCCAUAAAGACUCAAGAUUUUGCUGGGAUGUACUGUGCAAUAGUUACACUCAACGAAUCGGUUGUGUCAGCUGCUAUGUUUCGUAUCUAUGGGACAGAUGUGGCAGAGCUUCCUCUAGUGGCAACAAGUGCUGAUUGCCAAGGACAGGGUUACUUUCAGACCUUAUUUUCAUGUAUUGAGAGGCUUCUUGCAUUUCUAAACGUGAAAAUUCUUCUGCUGCCUGCUGCUGAUAAGGCAGCAUCCAUAUGGACAAAAAAAUUUGGUUUUCAGAAUCUAAACCAAAGUGAGAUACACGAGUACAGGAAACGUUACCCAAUACUGAUUUUCCAUGGGACAUCAGUGCUGCAGAAGUCAGUCCCCAAGCGCAGAGUACCUGGUUCACAGGAGAGUAAGGCGAAGGUUGAAUCAUCGUAGUUUAGUUGUUUUGAGAUGGAGAAGCUAAUAUUUUGUAGAGCCUAUCCCACAGAAUGUACAGGGCUCCCAUGUUUCUUGGUGUACAGAAAAGCAGAAGAUAUAGCUUAACUAUACUGGCAGGUUAGGUUUUCUUUUUUGGUCGACCUAUAUAUGAGAGAUAUUGAAUCCACAGAAAAUGGGGGAGUAAGUUCCGAAGACACUAUCAAAACUCGAAUAUAGAAAGUUGGGGAGCAAGUGUAUGGAGAAGUUGGCUCUGAUGUCUCUGUUUCUGGGCACGGGAUUCCAUUUUUGUAGCUUUGGUUUGGUUUUUCUUUGUACUUUCAAACUUGCAUUCGCAUUAAUUAAAGAAGAACACACUUUGAAUGUGGUGAUUAUGGAA